GAUGGCGGUGCCGUACGAGGGUCAGUCUUUCUCUGCUCUGAGGAGGCAGUGCCAGCAUAAAGGAACUCUGUUUGAAGACCCUCUGUUCCCCACCUCCGACCAGUCUCUGUUCUACCAGCGAAAUCAAAUUGGGCGAGUCACCUGGAAAAGGCCAAAUGAGUUGACCAGCGACCCCCAUCUGUUUGUGGAUGGCAUCAGCGCUCAUGACCUGCACCAAGGUCAGCUGGGAAACUGCUGGUUCGUAGCCGCCUGCUCCAGUCUGGCCUCCAGAGAAGCUCUAUGGCAGAAGGUGAUUCCUGACUGGAAGGAUCAGGAGUGGGACAAAGACAAACCGAACUCCUACGCCGGGAUCUUCCACUUCCGCUUCUGGCGGUUUGGAGAGUGGGUGGACGUAGUGAUCGAUGACCGGCUCCCCACGGUGAAUGGACAGCUGGUGUACUGCCACUCCAACGACAGCAAUGAGUUUUGGAGCGCGCUGGUGGAGAAGGCCUACGCCAAGAUGUACGGGUGCUACGAAGCUCUGGAUGGGGGCAACACGGCCGAUGCUCUCGUGGAUUUCACGGGAGGCGUGUCCGAGCCGAUGGAUUUGAUAGAGAACGGGUACAAACAAGACGAAGAGAAGCAGCACGAGCUGUUCGAGAGAGUCCUGAAGGUUCACAACAGAGGAGGCCUCAUCAGCUGCUCGAUCCGGGCGACCACUCAAGCGGACAUGGAGGCCAGGCUGGACUGCGGCCUGGUCAAGGGCCACGCCUACGCCGUGACGGACGUCCGCAAGGUGAGGCUGGGCCACGGCCUGCUGGCCUACUUCAGGUCAGACAAACUCAACAUGAUCCGCAUGAGGAACCCCUGGGGGAAGAGAGAGUGGAACGGGCCGUGGAGCGACAGCUCUGAAGAGUGGCAGAAGGUCAGUAAGAGUGAGCGGGAGAAGAUGGGCGUCACUGUGGAGGACGACGGAGAGUUCUGGAUGACAUUUGAUGACUUCAUCGCCAACUUCACCGACCUCAUCCUGUGCCGUCUCAUCAACACAUCCUACCUGAGUUUACACAAGACCUGGGAGGAGGCGGUGAUGCGGGGCUCCUGGCACCGCCACGAUGACCCGCUGCUCAACCGAGCUGGAGGCUGCACCAACAACAAGCACUCCUUUCUCCAGAACCCGCAGUACGUGUUUGACGUGAAGAAGCCAGAGGAUGAGGUGCUGAUCUGUCUGCAGCAGAAGGACCGCAGGGCCACUCUGAGAGGGGGGCGAGGAGAAAACCUGGCGAUCGGCUUCGACAUACACAAGGUGGAGUUAAACAGGACGUACCGAAUGCACGUGACCCAGCAGAAGGUUGGCGGCAGCAUCUACAUCAACUCGAGGUCUGUCUUCCUGCGCAUCGACCUCAAAGAGGGCCGCUACGUCAUCAUACCCACGACCUUCGACCCCGGCCUGGAGGGAGACUUCCUGCUCCGCGUCUUCACCGAUGUCACCUCAGACUGCAAGGAGCUGACUCUGGACGAGCCCCAGAAGACCUGCUGGUCGGGGAUGUGUGGUUAUCCCUCUCUGGUCACUCAGGUCCACAUACUGCAGGCCGACGGACUCGCUGCACAGGACUCAGACGGAGCGUCGGAUCCUUAUGUGAUCAUUCGCUGCGAAGGACAGAAGGUCUGCUCGCCGGUCUAUAAAAACACGUGCAGUCCCGUCUUCGACACCAAGGGGCUCUUCUACAGGAAGAAAGCCAACCAGCCAAUCGGCAUCGAGAUCUACAACAACAACGUGCUGAAGGACUCCUUCCUGGGUCAGGUGACGCUGCCCGCCGAACAGGGAGAAAUAAAGAAAACGUUCCACCUGAAGGACAAGGGCGAUCGCCGUGACAACGACCUCUCUGGUACCAUCACUGUUGCGAUAUUGACGAGCUCGAUACUCACCGGUAUCUAAGAUUUGGAGCCGGGAAACAUUUCUGAAGUUCCACAACGCCCGGAAAUGUCUCACAGACAUAUCCAUAGACUGUAAGUAAAAGAUGGAUGCAGCUAACGAAAUGAUAUUUCUCAGCAGCAUGAUCUCAUCUACACAGCCUGAAUUUUUGUAGUCCAUUUUAAGGAUGUUGUAGUCCUUGAAACAGGCAGCAGAGAAAAAUCUAAUUCCUUUGAAUCCUCAUGAAUUCUCCACAUCUUUCCUCCUUUUGCCUCCUUCAUGAAAAAAACCACAGGAUGGAAUUUUUUGAAUCUAACAGAGACCAAAAGUGUUUUUAAAAAGUCCAAAUACCCACUUCAAAAAGUUUCAACUGGAGGCUUCAGAAACCAGACACGGCAAACCAAUGGAUAACAUGGCUGUGGCUGCUGCCAUCUUUCUUAUACAGUCUAUGGAAUAUCCUGAAAACGUCAGUUUGAUUGUAAAAAUUUGUUUACACUUUCACGUUUUCUUUUUCCCCAGAUUUAACUUUCUGUCAGCAGCUUCUCUAUGUCAGUUUUUAUUAGACAGUUUAAUGUUUAUCUUUAAUUUCCACGCGUUCAUUCCUGACGGCCGAGGUGAACUCUGGUCGCGUGCUCUCGCUCGUUAUGAAGCUAAUACUGUUUACGUGUCAUCCUCGCACAGGACUCUGUGUUUGUUAUUCAUGGAAGAAACAUGCCAAAGAUUUUUAAAAUCUGCCACUUCAUUAUUUGUACCAGCAGUCUGUAAAAUAUCCGGACAGCAGACAUGUUCAGACGUGCAUGAGAUUAUCUACCUGCAGCAGGUUUGUGCCGCCUGCUGUCGUCUCUUUGUAAAACUGUCCCAGAGUCACUUUAAUCUUAGUUGAAUAUAAUAAUGAUUUUUUUUUUGUGAUGUUUCAUUAUAGAUUCAAUGUAAUCUCAGUGCUCGCUUCGCACUUCAUUAUAACGCCUCCCUAGUUAUCACGACCCUGAGUUGGAGAGCAAGGUCUCAGCUCAGUAUUUUUAGGGUUUGUUAUUAAAGUGCUCAGUGAGUGUAGAUCACUCGGUAACACUAAAAUGACCACUUUGUCCAUCUUUGACUUGAUGUGUGUAGACCUGUGGAUGAGCUGUGUGCUCACAAACCCGCUGAGACCACUGAGUGAGGGGGCAGCUGCAUUCUUUCUAAUGGCCAGCAGAGGGCAGCCACUCUCCUGUGAGAAUGCAGCCCUGCUUGAGUUCAUGGUGCCAGUUAUUUGUUUAUUUUGUGAUUUACGGCCAGUAUUAGGGGGAAAAGCAGAAUAAACACGGUGUUCAGGUGUGCAGUAGGCUUUCUGAUUACUGCAGAAGUCAGAAUCACAAUUAUUUUAGCCUUUAAUCUCAAUUUUUGAACAUGACUGAAGAUCUGGGCUCCUUUGGUAAACUUUGACCCUGGUCUUUCUACACCAUUUACUCUGGGUGUAAUCCAUAUAGUCAAACUUUCUAUUACUUCUAUUUAUAUUACUCCUUCUGGCCUACAGUCAUCGGGUAGUGUCUGAUACCAACAUUGUCCUACAAGAUGAUUAGUUAUCAACAAACGCGCACUUCUUCAGAUCGAGAUCAUCUUGUGUACUUUUAAAGUUUUUCGCUUUCAACUUUAAAUCAAAUCCAGAUGAACCCAAGUGAAAUGAAAAGGAGGUGAAGGGGGCACAGGGUCAUUUGGCAGGGAAUGAGCUUUUAAGUUAGUGUAAGCUUUUAUGGAGCAUACCACUUUAAAGGAAAGGGGUGUGUUCAAUUUAUAACAGGAUAAAAGGAGAGCUUUGAGUAGAUGAACGGCUCAAUUAUUCUGGUUUCAAGACAGACAAUGAAAUUCAGUUGCAUGUCUGAUAUCCUGUUUCUCACCUCCACAAACGGGGUUCUGUCCAUCUUUGAUUACAGUCGAUCUGUUUCAGUGCUGUUCAGUCUGAUGUAAUCAGGCCUGUAAGAAUCUUUGUUUCUGUCUUAUGUUCAACUCCUGCAGUGUCUGAUGGUCGUUUAAAUAAAGUUUACUUUUAAAAACUU